GGCAACGGCAUCAUGGCCUCCUGGAUCCGCUACAGGAGAAAGAUGAGAGAGGCGACAAUGUUCGCGCUGGUGCUGCUGAUGCUGGUGCUGUCGUCGUCGCUGGCAGCUGUGAAGGUGUCUCCUCUCAUAGAGAAGGUCAGCGACCACAAAGACUUCAAGAAGCUGCUCAGGACAAGAACCAAUGUCCUGGUGCUCUACACUAAGACAGCUACAUCGGGGGACUCCUAUCUGAAACUGCUGUCUGACGUUGCCCAAACAGUGAAGGGCCAGGGGACCAUUGCGUGGGUCAACUGUGGUGAUUCAGAGGGUCGCAAACUCUGUAAAAAAGUGAAGGUGGACCCGAGCUCCAGACGCGAGGGAGCGGAGCUGCUGCAUUACAAAGAUGGGACAUUCCACACACAGUACAACAGACCUGCUACAUUUAAGUCUAUGGUAGCAUUUUUAAAGGACCCGUCGGGACCCCCGCUGUGGGAAGAGAACCCCGAAGCAAAAGACGUCGUCCACGUCGAAACGGAGAAAGACUUCAGAAAGCUGUUGAAGAAAGAGGAAAGGCCGGUCCUCAUUAUGUUCUACGCCCCCUGGUGCGGCGUUUGCAAGAGGAUGCAGCCUGUUUUUCAGCAGGCGGCCACAGAAACAAAAGGCAAAUAUGUACUGGCAGGGAUGAAUGUUCACCCGGCUGAGUUUGACGCCCUUAAGCAGGAGUACAACGUCAAAGGAUACCCGACCUUCUGCUACUUUGAGAAGGGGAAAUUCAUGCAUCACUAUGAAAACUACGGCGCUACCCCAAAGGAUAUAGCAGAUUGGCUGAAGAACCCUCAGCCCCCGCAGCCAAAGACUCCGGAGGUGCCGUGGUCGGAGACGGACUCGCCGGUCUUCCACCUGACCGAUGAGUCCUUUGACAGCUUCCUGGAGGAACAUCCUGCAGCCCUGGUCAUGUUCUAUGCCCCCUGGUGCGGCCACUGCAAGAAAAUGAAGCCAGAGUAUGACGAAGCGGCCGAAGUACUCAACAAAGCCACAGAUAGCCCCGGCGUGCUGGCAGCAGUCGAUGCCACGGUGCACAAGGCUGCGGGAGAUCGCUUCAAGAUCUCCGGUUUCCCCACCGUGAAGUAUUUUGAGAAAGGGGAAGAAAAGUACACACUCCCACACCUCCGAAGCAAAGACAAGAUCAUCGAGUUCAUGCACAAUCCCCAGGCUCCUCCGCCACCAGAGCAGUCUUGGGAGGACAGGCCCUCCAGUGUCAGCCAUCUUGGCUCAGAGGAUUUCAGAGAAGCUCUGAAGAAGAAGAAGCAUGCUUUGGUCAUGUUUUAUGCUCCCUGGUGUCCACACUGUAAAAAUGCCGUCCCUCACUUCACCACAGCAGCAGAACUCUUUAAGGAGGACCGCAAGAUUGUUUAUGCUGCUGUGGACUGCACAAAAGGACUGAACCACGACCUCUGCAAGCAGGAGGGGGUGGAGGGCUACCCAACGUUCAACCACUACAACUACGGCAAGUUUGUGGAAAAAUACAACGGGGAUCGCGGGGAAGCAGGCUUCAUAGGAUUCAUGCGUAACCUCAGAGGCCGCGACCAGGAGAAGGUGGUCAAGAGGAAGGAGGAGCUCUGAGGGGGGGGGGGCCCGUGUAGGAAAAG